GAAGAUUAUGCACUUCCGGCAAGUAUUUGUAACCACAGUGAGUAAACAAACAAAUGUGGUGCUAGUCGGGUAAUCCGGACUAUGAAUGCAUCAUAUUGUAGUUUCUCUUAAAAUGCUGAAACUGUUUACGUAAUACUAUGGCAUCGCCAUUAGAUAUAAGCAAAGAAUCCAUAAGACAACAGAUAUGGUCUUAUUUAGAAUCAAAUGAUAUUGCUCGUUUUCCAAGACCUGUGUAUAAUAGAAUUCCGAAUUUCGAUGGAGCUGAAAAAGCUUGCAGCAAAGUGAAGCAACUAAAGGAAUAUCAGAUGGCAAAAACUGUUAAAGUUAAUCCAGAUUCUCCCCAGAAACAUAUACGUUUUUUGAUAUUAGAGGAUAAUAAAGUUUUGCUGGUUCCAACACCUCGUUUAAGAAAUGGUCUUUUGAACAGAAUAACACCUCCACCAAUGGCCAAUAAACAUACUCUUCAUAUAUGCUCUACUUCUGAAGGUGUCAAAAGAUAUAGUACAAGACUUGGUUUGAACAGCAAAGUCAAAGUAGAUUUAGUAAUUUUAGGAUCUGUUGCAGUUUCACCAAAAGGAAGACGUAUUGGCAAAGGUGAGGGAUAUGCUGAUAUGGAAUUUGCAAUGAUGGCUACAAUGGGAGCUGUGAAUUCUGAAACAACAGUUGUCACUGUAGUUCAUGACUGUCAAGUGUUGGAUACAAUACCUGACCAUUUGUUUGGAGAGCAUGAUGUUCCUGUUGAUAUUAUUGUAACACCUACGAAGAUAAUUCAUUGUGAACCAAAGUUACCUAAGCCAAGCCAUAUUAUAUGGUCUUUAUUAAGCGAAGAAAAAAUUAGCGAAAUACCUAUAUUAAGAGAAUUAAAAAAAAUGGAAGAAAAGUUUAACACGUAAUGUAUUUUGAGAUAUGUAUAAUGUAUUUGUAAUGGGCACUUGUACAUUAAAUACUUGCUAUUGGCAGA